AGUGGUGUAACCUAUUCAAAGACAAAAAAGUCGCUCUUUUUUUGGCUGCCUUUCUUUGGGAAUCUCCCUCAUCAGAACAGCUUUUAACAAAUUUCCCAGCAGAAUUUCCAUGAAAAAUCGAAAUCCCUUUUCUUUCUUGUUUCGUUCUUCCAUCGGCUUCAUCUGAAACCAAUUUCUCAAACCCUCUCUUCUUUCCUCCUCUCUUUUAAUCUUAAAUCAAUCUUUUACACACCCAAUGAUGCUUCCCGCCACUGCUUUUUCAUCGUCUUCAUCUUCAUCUGCUAAUUCAGCUGUUGUUCGAGUGGAUAAGGCCACCAGCGAAUUCUUGAACGGUCCUGAUUGGACUAUCAACAUCGAUAUCUGUGACACCAUCAACGCGAAUCAUUGGCUUGCGAAAGAUGUUGUCAAGGCUCUGAAGAAAAGGCUACAACACAAGAACCCGAAUGUUCAACUACUUUCCUUGACGCUUCUAGAGACAAUGGUAAAGAAUUGCGGUGAGAAUGUUCAUUUUCAAAUAGCCGAGAGAAACAUACUCCCGGAGAUGAUCAAGAUUGUUAAGAAAAAGACGGACAUGCGCGUAAGGGAGAAAAUAUUGGUACUCUUAGACUCUUGGCAAGAAGCGUUUGGUGGCCGUGGAGGAAAAUAUCCUCAAUAUUACUUUGCUUAUGAUGAACUACGGCAAUCUGGAGUGCAAUUUCCUCACCGGUCACCUGAUGCAGCUCCAAUAUUUACACCUCCCGUUACCCAUCCAUCUUUCAGACCCCCUCAAGCAAAUUACGGAAUGCCAAGCAAUUCUUCAACACGGCUUGAUGAAGCCAUGGCCUCUGAGAUUGAAAACUUAAGUCUGUCAAUGAUUGAAUCUAUGAGAAAUGUUUCGGAUCUCUUAACUGACAUGUUGCAAGCAGUUGAUCCAAAUGACCGCAUGGCCAUGAAAGAUGAAGUCAUUGUUGAUGUUGUGGACCGGUGUCGAUCAAAUCAGAAGAAAUUGAUGCAAAUGUUGGCUUCCACAAGUGAUGAGGAGCUUCUUGGUCAGGGUAUUGAACUAAACGACAUCCUGCAAACUGUUCUUGCGAAACACGAUGCUAUUGCAUCUGGUUCUCCAUUUCCUGUUCAAAUAACGGGUUCUAUCACCCCACCAUCCAAUGCCCACAAGUUCCCAACUGAGUUUACUGAAGAAAAAGAAAACUCGAAAUCAAGUCCCGCAGGCUCUGCCCCGGUUCCAAAGAAUGAACCUGAAGAAGAGGAAGACGAAGAUGACUUUGCUCUGCUAGCUAGAAGGCACUCAAAAGCACAGACUGCUGUGUCUCAAAAUGGGGUGGGAGGACAUGACCCAAGAACCAGCUCGGAUCCUUCAUCGAGUAUGGCUUUAGUUCCGAUUGAUCCACUUCCACCAGUGAAUACAACAAGAGCUGAAGAUAUGAUAGACUUUCUGAGUCUCACCUUAUCAACUCCAAAUACAACCUCUCCACCACCACCCUCCCAUCCAAUCUCCGCUACUUCCUCACACAAUGUUGACCAAACACCACCAGUUUCAGCCGCCACUCAGAGCUAUCCUCAUCAUGCUCAGGUGCCCUUAAAUAGUUAUGUUGUGCCAUGGGCGCAGUCUGAACUCCAACCCCAACCCCAGCCCCAGCCCCAGCCCCAGCCCCAACCACAUCUGCAGGUUCAGCCACAGCCGCAAUAUCCACAGCAGAACUACUCAUCUGGCUAUAUUCCACCACCAUGGGCCGCCACUCCUGGUUAUUACACCAAUCAAUAUCCUUCAUCUUCGGUGCCUUAUACAUAUGCAGCUCCCGUGCCGACGUCUUCAUAUAGUAAUAACAUCCAAUCACAGCAAGUGAAUAACAUGAGAGCAUCAGGCACAAAUGGAAACGGAAAUGCUUCUCAAAGACCCUUUAUUCCUUCGUACAGAUUAUUCGAAGAUCUUAAUGUGCUCGGGAAUCCAAAGGCAAAUUCUAACCUUCCUGGGUCUGGCCAAAGUAUGAUGGGUGGGAAAAAAUAAAAGAAGAAUGAGGUUUUAUAUGUCGAUACUGGUUUGGGCAUGGGUGUGCAUUCGUUUAGAUCAAUUUAUUGGAUUUAGAAGAACAUAAAAGAAGCCGGUUUUGUGUCAGGUUAUGAUUUUAGUAUAUGGGUUUGUAUCUAUAAACGUGUUUGAUAGUUUUAAACCUUUUCGAAUGUUGUUGAUUUAGGCAUCUUUUUAACUUUCCAGAUUUUGCAACU